UGCGUAACAUGUCAUAUCCAUUCGUGGUAAACUUACUGUGUAACGGUCGCUGCUUUAAAUGAAGCCGAAUGGCGGACGCUCCAGUCGACGGGACAACCCCAUCGUGUUUCUCGACAUUACCAUUGGCGCCAAGCCACUUGGUCGACUUACCAUCGAGCUCCGCGCAGACAUUGUGCCUCGAACCGCUGAGAACUUUCGCGUGCUGUGCACCGGCGACGUGCAUGACGCCAAAGGCAACCCCAAGCGAUACCUUGGCUGUCUCGUCCAUCGUGUCGUGCGGGAUUCGCUGCUUCAAGCAGGUGAUAUCGAUGGCGAAGGCGGCAGUUGUGCGUAUGCGACGCCCACGUUUGACGACGAAAACUUCAUCCUUCGGCAUAUUGGGCUUGGUACCGUGGGGAUGGUCAAUGCGGGGCCCGAUACGAACGGGUCCCAGUUUUACAUAUGCUUCACGGCGGCGCCUUGGCUCGACAACAAGCACGUGGUGUUUGGGGCAUUGCUGGGCGAAUCGAGCUUUGAAACCCUGGCCAAGCUCCACGGACUCGCCGCGUCCGAGUCGGGGCGGCCGCUGGACGUCGUGCGCAUUGCCAACUGCGGGCAACUCUUUCCAGCGUAACAUGAAUUCAAGCACGUCAUGUGACCACUUGACUUUGGCCCCGAUCGAUGGACUGGCCUGGAGAAUGCUGUCCUACUGUCCCCUCGAGAACACCACCCAAAAGCUCCGGACGCGCCAAAAAUACAGGUACUUCAAUGUCAGUAUUCAAUGUCAGUAUUGCAAGGGAAUAAGUACGAAUGUAGGGACCAGCGUUCGAAUAAUACAAUGUAGAACUUUUACCUUUGGAACACGAAUUGCCGGUUCCGCCGUUCCCAAUGAUCAUUAAUAUUAGAGAGGUUAAUGGUGACUUCAGCCGCUCGUGAGAUGUUCAUCAACGCAUUUACCUCCACGCAAGAGUAGUCGACCUUGGAGGACGGCCAGCACUUAAUACCCAGAAACUGUACAUAACAUUACCUGUACAAUCAAUAGUUUGUACCAACGAAGUCUUCGGUUUCAAUCAAAUUCAUGCUCCUGCGAGCUAUUGUAUCUGUGAUCGAGCAUUCGCAUUGUAGUAAUCACCGUAGGAAAACCAAAGCUCCAGCACAAC